AUCUGUCAGAGUGUGAAGAAUUCUGCUAGUAUCAGAUGCAUAAAUUUCACAGGAUGUAGCCUUACCUGGCGAGGGGCAGAACAUAUGGCAAAUGUUUUAAAGCACCAGGCAAUGAAAAGACAUAAUGAAGCUUGGGCUGAAAGCCUACGUUAUAGGAGACCUGACCUGGACUGUAUGACAGGCUUGAGGCGCAUUACUUUCAACUGCAACAUGCUUGUUGGGGAUAGAGGAGCUAGUGCCUUUGCAGAAUGCCUAGGAGAGGACUUGUGGCUGAAAGCACUUGACUUGCAGCAGUGCGGAAUAUCCAACGAAGGAGCAAAGUCGCUAUUUGAUGCUCUUCAAGCCAAUACAACGUUAGUGGUACUUGACGUAAGAAAAAAUCCCUUAAUUGAUCACGUUUUGAUGAAAAGCAUUAUUGAAAGAGUUCUUAUGAAUGGAAAUAGUGCUAAUUCAGAGGGAGUAAAACGUCAGAAGUAUCAAAGAUGCACAAUUAGUCAUAAAGCUUUGUUGCAGAAAGAGCUGCAAGGACUCCUUCAUUUUGUGAAAAGUGAAAAGUCAGCCUUACGAAAACAGAAUUAUAAGUGGCUGACUUCUCCGUCUUCAAAGGAUGCUUUGAAAACUAGACCAAAGAAAAGAACUAUUGUCCUAGGAAGUGGUCGAAAAGGAAAAGCUACUAUUCGUAUUGUUAUCUGGAAGCAGAGAGGAUUGACAUCUAAAAAGUCUGUGAGUCCUGGGAAAAAAAAUCCAUCUGUGAAAGAUAAUUAUUCACCAAAACCACUACCACCAGGCACAAAAGGCUUCCUUCCUUGGCGCACUGCAGAACGUGCAAAGAGAUGCAGGGGGGCUCCGAUGGGUAGUACUCGGGAGUUACCAGUGAAGAUUCAGACAGGUAUUCCUGUGAAAGUAACAGUAGAAAGUGCUUCUACUUCUGAAACGGAAGAGACAGAAGAAUCUGAUGAUGUUAUCCAUCAUCCUGACUUGACAAAAUCAUUAGAUAAAAUUAAUGUAACAAAGUAUCAACCAUUCCAGUUAGAACUGGAAGAAUGCCUGCUAAAAUUAAAGGAAGAAAGAAGAGCCAGAGUAAAGGCUGAGGAACGGAUAGUGGAGCUGGAAAUUGAAAAUGCAAGGUUGAGGAAUGUAAACAUCUCCCUGUCUGAGGUUCUUCAUGCACAGUCAGUAACCAACAUGAUUUUGGAAGAUGAAGGUGUUCUAGGCAGCAUUGAGAACUCUUUCCAAAAGUUUCAUGCUUUUUUAGACCUCCUUAAAGAUGCUGGACUUGGGCAGCUUGCUGCGUUAGCUGGGAUAGACCAGUCAGAUUUUGGUCUAUUGGGGCAUCCACAAAUGAAUUCUACUCUUACUAAGCCUGCUAAGGUGCUAAAGGAGAAGUCAUUUGAGGAAGAAAGACAAGAACAUACGCAGAAUAGUAAGGUGUUACUGGAAGCGCAGAAAGAAUUGAUGGAUUACAAAGGACUUGGUAUUAGUGUUCUUGAAAUGAGCCAUCGGACCUCAGAUUUCACGAAAAUUAUAAAUACAGCUGAAAAUCUCUUGCGGGAAUUGCUAAAUAUACCAGAAAACUACAAAGUUAUUUUCCUCCAAGGAGGAGGAUCUGGUCAGUUCAGUGCAGUCCCACUUAAUCUUAUUGGCCUAAAGGAGGGAAGACAUGCAGAUUAUGUGGUUACUGGAGCUUGGUCAGCAAAAGCAGCUAAAGAAGCAGAGAAGUAUGCCAACGUGAAUAUUGUUCAUCCUAAACUAGGAACCUAUACAAAAAUUCCUGACCCAAGCACUUGGAAUCUUAAUCCAGAUGCAUCUUAUGUCUAUUACUGUGCUAAUGAGACUGUUCAUGGCGUAGAGUUUGACUUUGUACCUGAUGUCAAAGGAGCAGUUUUGGUUUGUGAUAUGUCAUCCAACUUCCUGUCCAGACCUGUGGAUGUUUCCAAGUUUGGUGUGAUUUUUGCUGGUGCUCAGAAGAACGUUGGCUGUGCUGGAGCUACUGUUGUAAUAGUCCGUGAGGACUUGCUGGGAUUUGCAUUGAAAGAAUGUCCUGUAGUACUGGAUUACAAAACACAAGCAACAAAUGGCUCUUUGUAUAACACUCCACCAUGUUACAGCAUCUAUAUCAUGGGAUUGGUACUGGAAUGGAUAAAGAAUAACGGUGGGGCUGCAGCUAUGGAUAAACUUAGUUCAAUCAAAUCACGAAUGAUUUAUGACAUUAUAGACAAAUCUAAUGGAUUCUAUGUAUGCCCAGUGGAGAAGAAGAACCGAAGCAGAAUGAACGUCCCCUUCCGCAUUGGGAGUAUCAAGGGGGAUGAAGCCCUGGAAAAGAAAUUCCUUGAGAAAGCUGUGGAACUUAACAUGAUAUCUCUGAAAGGACAUCGAUCCGUGGGAGGAAUCCGUGCCUCUUUAUAUAAUGCGGUGACUGUAGAAGAUGUUCAGAAGCUUGCAACCUUCAUGAGAAGCUUCAUGCAGAUGCAUCAGUCGUAAACGCUUAUGGGUUAGAGCCAUGCUGCACGUCUAUGAAAUAAAAGGGUUUGAAAAUUACUGUGGUACUGCAGAGCUGUAGCGCACAAGUUAUAUUAUCUUUUAGUUCUUGGAGAUCUUUUAGUUAACUACGUGGGACUGAGGGCCUGAUCUUGCAAGGACUUGGACAACCUUGCCUUCUGUUUGAAGGUGAAAGAUCCCCAGACCAAUCAAGACUGGUUCCAAAAUUUGUAAAGCAGCCCCCUUAAUUUGCAGUUAAACUGUGAGCAGCAUUUAAAGAUGCUGUGGAUCUGAUUCUGACCUUAGACAUGCUGCUAUAACACUCUGUUGAAAUUCAUAGUCACUCUGUCCUCAUAUAGCUAAAACUAGAAUAAGAAUCUACCCUACCAUUUGAAAAUUCUUUUGCCUUUGUUAUUUCUUGUUUCUGCAGUUACAAAUGACUUUUUUAAAGAUACUGUGUUUAAAUUUCAGAAGGCAAAACUUGGCAAGCCUUCCAUAGAGCUUGAUAUGACCACGCAAUGAGGCUAGAGUUGAGGUUAAGUGUUCUCUAAGAAUAUUUAGUUGGUUUGUCAGAUUUAUUCCAACUG